CCCAGUUCAUACCAGUGCAGUGAGCUGGGGUGAGUUCUGUUCCUCUACCGAUCAUUUAAGUCUGAUACCUGCAACCUUCACAACACAGCCCUGAAGAUGUCAUUUUUCAAGGAUUUAAUUAAAGGAAUAAUUGACAAGCCAAAAGACAACUCGGGCAAUGAUUCUUCUAAAGGAAGCGCCACACCUUACUACGGCACCGUCCAGCCUGAUCCGAACUUCAACGCCAGCAGAGAUGCUGCUGCUUUACAGAAAGCCAUUGAGACCAAAGGUGUGGAUGAAAAUGCCAUUACAGACAUAUUAGCUAGACGGACUAAUGCACAGAGACAGGAAAUCAAAGCAGCUUUUCAACAAGACACUGGAAAAGAUUUAGUGAACACUUUGAAUUCAGUCUUGAAGUCCCACUACAAACAUGUGGUCCUGGCCCUGCUGAUGACUCCAGCACAGUACGAUGCCCAUGAAGUCAGACAGGCCAUGAAGGGUUUGGGAACCAAGGAAAAGGUGCUGAAUGAAAUUCUGGGGACGAGAUCAAACCAGGAAAUUAGGUUGUUAAAAACUGCCUUUAAAGAUGCAUAUGGAGAGGAACUGGAGCAUGACAUUCAAGGUGACACUCAGGGACAUUACCAGAAGGCUCUGCUUGCCUUGUGCAAGGGUACCAGAAAUGAGGAUAGCAACAUUGAUGAUGGGCUCGCAAAAAGUACGGCCAAGUCUCUGUUUGAAGCUGGAGAACAAAGGCUCGGAACAGUGUCCUCUGUUUUCAUUGACGUUCUUACCACUAGAGGUGAUGCCCAGUUGUGCAAAAUUUUCAAGCAGUAUGAAAAGUUUGGCAAACAGGGGUUUGCUCAGGCGGUGAAACAUGAACUAAGUGGAGACACUGAGGAUUGCCUAAUGACCCUGGUGAAAGCAGCCUGGAACAAACCUGCCUACUUUGCUGAAAGGAUGUAUCUGGCCAUGAAGGGCAUAGGGGCCGACCAUAACACAGUGACUCGGAUCAUAGUGAGUCGCUCUGAAGUGGACCUGCAGAAAAUUUCGCAGGAGUACAAAAGGAUGUACGGGAAAACGCUUCAGCAAGACGUUACGGCAGAAACCAAGGGGGACCAUGAGAAAAUUCUACUAGUGCUCUGUGGAGAUCAAACGGGAGUCUAAGCAUGUAUUUUCAAAAUGUUCAGGAUAUUUUAAAAUGCAUUGCUGCAUAUCUAAAGAAAAAUGGUCAUUGUGAUGAAUCUGUGUGUGAUUACAUUCUAUCUUAAUAAAGCUAUUCCCUGAAACUUU